AUAUCAGGUCGGGGAAGAAUAAGGAUUAUUAGAGCCACCUACGGACGGACCGAUCGCACAACAUGUGCUCAUGGGCUUCCAGCUUCUCAGAUCUCAAAUACGAAAUGCAGAGCACCAGUCACCAUUAUAGUUUCCUCUCGGUGCAAUAGAAAAACGAGUUGUGUUGUUUCUGCAUCAAACUCACAUUUCUCUAAUCCUUGUGCUGGAACUUAUAAAUACCUGGACGUGACUCAUACAUGUAAUGAUAACGCGUCUGUGUCUGCUAUAAAAACCAUGCUCCCAUGUUCCUCCUCAAGAGAUUUCCUGAGUUUCCCUUUGGUUCACACCUUCAACAUGCUGACGCUAAAGCUAAGCGGGAUCCUUUUGCUGCUGAUCCUGUGCCAACAUGGUAUAGAUGCAAACGUGAUCUGUCAAGGAAGAUCUGGGAUCCUCAGAUGUAAUUCUGGAUCAAUAAGGAUUAUUGAAGCCACCUACGGACGGAGCGAUAACACAACAUGUGCUUAUCGGAAACCAGCUUCUCAGAUCUCAAAUACGAACUGCAGAGCACCAGUCACCAGUAUAGUUUCCUCUCGGUAAGAUUGACAGAUAACAGUAAAAUGUUUACAUUUCAUUUUAUGUAUUUUACAAGAGCAAGGAAAAUGUAAUUCUUAUGUCUAUGGUACAUUAAAGCUGUUCUUACAUACUUAUUAUUUUCUCUUCAUGAAUCAGGUGCAAUAGAAAAAAGAAAUGUGUUGUUUCUGCAUCAAACAUUCAUUUCUCUAAUCCUUGUGUUGGAACUUAUAAAUA